AGAUUAAUUGAGUUUAUGUGGGCAGUCUUCUUAAAUUAAAAGAAAACAUUUGUGACACGCAGACACAGAGAAAGCCACACAAGCUCUCAGUCAUGCAAUUUUUCAUUUUUUAUGGCAAAUUAAUCUGAAACUAUCAGAAUUUUAUUUUCGGAUGAUUGAGUUUUCAGCAGUAAAGACAGCUGAGGUUGAUGUUUGAUAAUUUGGUGACACCCUCUCUCCCCAUGGACUGUGUGUUCAUGCCUUAUUUGGGGCUGACUCCUGCUCCUCAGGAGUUCACACACUCCAUGCCUGAGACUUGGGCAAAGAUGAAGAGAGUGUUUAGGGUACAGUUCCAAGAAAGUUCAAGGCGGAAGAUAAAGAACGGCUGAGUCUCUGUGAGACUUGGAAGAAAGUCAGGUUAUGGAGGCAGAGAGUAAGAAAAGAAAGAAGACGAAGAUUGAUGGGAAGAGGUGAGGUUUUUGGGGAGGGGUGGUGAUUCUAUAUAGCCAAUGAAGAACAAGAAGGGAGGAUUUUAGGGAGAGUGGUGCACUUGGUCGCCACACUCAAUGUCAGCACUCUGAGAAGACAGAGGGUCGCCAGCUGCAGAAAUAAAUACUUCCUCACUGCCUUUUUUUUUUAUGGUGCGACGUAAGAGGAGUGCUGACUCCAAGGAAAUUCGUUUCCAGGGGAAGCUUCUAGCGAUAGCACAAAGUGGAGGAUGCUCACCUGCCUAUGCUGACUGAAAGAGGCAAGUGCUAAGGGCUCCUGUGCACGUCCACAGAUCCAGACAGGCACAAGCCCUCCUCUUCCCAGAUUGAUUUUUCCUGUGGUUGCCGUUUCCUGUGUGUCAGGAGAGAACAGCCCGCCUCAUAUUGUGGAAGGAGAGUCAAAGUUGAAAGGCUAGAAACAGCAAAAAGGAGUUUUCUUUGACUGUCGGGGAGGAUGAAGGCUCUACAGAAGAAUCAGGGCCGCACUGACCAGAUGUUGGGAGCCAUGGCUGAUGUGCUUACAUCUGUGGCCAUGCCCAGUCAACAGUGGCUGUCCGAGGAGGGGGAGGCAGACCUCCCAUCAAGCAAAGAGGAAAAGGGGUCUGUGCAAGACCAGUGGGACCAAGAAGGCCUGGAGUGGGAGCAACUAGCCAAAGACACUCCAGAGGGAAGCGAAAAAACAGACUCAUACUCGGCAGCAGGCAGCGAGGGCAGCAUCUCCACCUCUGUGGUGUCACUGCCCCCUCAGCCGUCGGGCAGCUCAGCCCCCAGCUCCCCGAGCUCCAGGCGCUCCGUUAGUACCCUGAAAAAGUGGCUGACAAACCCAGUUAGAAAACUCAGCGUUGGAUCCGCUGGCAAAGCGGAACGCCAGGUUCGAAAACUUGAAGGAAAACCUCCACCUCUUCCAUCCCUGAGUCAGAGUCUGGAUCUCAACAGUCCCCCAAGGCUUGAUGAAACGCUAACCGUUUUACCUGUCACCCACAGAGAACUGGAGUGGAAAGAUGGCCUUGCGAGCCCUGAGGACCUAUCCCCAGGGUCACUUCAACCACCCACCUGUAUGAAUGAGUCACUGACUGGCUGCAUGUCACUACCCAAUGCCCAGGACACUCAGUCCACUGGUGUUUUUCCAGAUGACAGCGUGUCCACCUUGAUGGACGACACCUCCAGUCAAUGGUCGGCAGCUGCUGACACUGAGGAGGAGAGGAGAAGUGCCUUAGAAAAAAGCAUGUAUGUACUGAAGGAACUCAUUGAGACUGAGAAGUUCUAUGUGGCAGACCUGGCACACAUAGUUGAGGGUUACAUGGGCACAAUGAGCUCUAAAGGUGUUCCGGAGGACAUGAAGGGAAAAGACAAGAUUGUUUUUGGGAACAUUCAUCAAAUAUUUGAUUGGCACAAAGACUACUUCCUGGGAGAGCUGGAGAAGUGUUUGGGAGAGCCAGAGAGGCUGGCUCAGCUCUUCAUUAAACAUGAGAGGCGUCUGCACAUGUACGUUGUGUACUGUCAGAACAAACCCAAGUCAGAACACAUCGUUUCAGAGUAUAUUGAGACGUAUUUUGAGGAGAUCCGGCAGCAGCUGGGCCACAGGCUGCAGCUCAAUGACUUGCUCAUCAAGCCUGUCCAGAGGAUCAUGAAGUACCAGCUUCUGCUCAAGGACUUCCUAAAGUAUUACACCAAAGCAGGGAUGGAUACAGAGGAGCUGGAGAAAGCAGUGGAAGUGAUGUGCUUUGUGCCAAAACGUUGUAACGACAUGAUGAAUGUGGGCCGACUGCAAGGCUUUGAGGGGAAGAUCACCGCUCAAGGAAAGCUGCUGCAGCAAGACACCUUCACAGUGAUUGAACAGGACAGCAGCUUCCUGUCUCGAGCAAAAGAGAGACGAGUCUUUCUGUUUGAACAGCUGGUCAUCUUCAGCGAGCCCAUCGAUAGGAAGAAAGGCUUCUCCCUGCCUGGAUACAUCUUUAAGAACAGCAUUAAGGUGAGCUGCCUUGGGAUAGAGCCCAGUUUGGAUGGUGAUGACGGACGCUUUGUUCUGACCUCACGCAAUCCCGAUGGAAGCGUGGUCCGCUUCCAGCUGCAGGCGUCCUCCCCUGAAAUUUGCAGAUCCUGGGUCAGUGAUGUGCUUCAGAUCUUGGAAAGUCAACGGAACUUCCUAAAUGCCUUGCAGUCGCCUAUCGAGUAUCAGCGUCGCGAAAGCAAGUCCAAUAGUCUGGGCCGCAGCAUGAGGCCCCCUCUGUCUGCCACCAGCUCCCUGAGACCCCAUUCAUCUGCCUCCAUAGACCGCCAUAAGCUGCCCUCCCUCCACUCUCACAACACCUCUCUGCCCGCGCUCUACCUGCCGAGCCAAGCCCAGAGUCAAGGACUCAACGAGAACUAUUCACUGAGGGAUGCCACAGAGGUCCAGCCGUGUCCUGCUGACCCCCACGCUGUUUCUUCAUCACACAUCCGACUCGGCUUUACUGACCAGCCAAACUGUCAAGCUGUGUCCAAUGGGCUGUUCUCCUCAACCACACAAGCUACACAGAGAGCAGGAGAGGGCAGCCGCAGGGCAUCGGCUGCUGAGGCUGGAAGUCAGGCUCCCUUGUCGGGACCCUUAGCUGGACGGCGACCCAGCAACCUCACCCAGCUGGAUGAGGAUGACCUUUGAGCUUCACGUGUCUCCUGGGUCAAGCGGAUAGAAACUGAUGCUACUUCUGUGAAGAGAACACAAGUCGACGGUCUGCUUGCCUCAUGUUGGAUCCUUCUCUUGUCCCGUCCAGAGGAUGGUGGGGAACGCUGAAGGCGGCGUGCAUCGCAGACAGACAAACUGCUUGGCCCCUUCCUAAGACCCACCAAAAGGAAGAGAACGCUGCCUAGUUUACCUUCAGCGGAUCUGAACGGAGCCCAGCAGGACGCAACUGGGCUCAGAGUUUGAAAAAACUCUGCGAUGUAACAAAUUGUACCUUUCUGAGAGCUUGUAUGUCCUGUUCUUCUCUCUUUGAGAGUACAAGUGGAAUUUGUUUGACAAUUCCAUUCCUUAUUGGGGCAGUCACUGGAGUUAUGUGUGUGCCUGAAUGUGUGUUUAUAAAAUGACAUGUCUGUGUGCAUGUGACCAUGCAGGAAGUGGUGGUGGCUCAUUUAGUUCCCUUUGUUGGGUUUUCUUCUUUUUAUGCCCCACUCUAAAGAUACGUCCAGAAACAUGUCAAUGACUCUUUAUUUUCCUGCUGACAUAAUACUUGGCUGUUUAUAUCAGCAAGAUCGGGAACAGCAGAACACUUGAUGUGAGAAUGCCACAAAAGCUUCUAUCUCCGAUUUCAUCAGAAAGUAAAGAACUUUCUUUGUUGCCAGUGUUUGGAGCCUCCGUGUGCUCUGAUAUUCUGUUUGACUGGGCUCCCUUUGAUCGGGACAAGAAGGCAUGAGGAAGCCCUCUGGAGGUUCUUUGUGGGUAUGACGUCACCUCAGAUUUCUUUUUACUCUUCAGGCAGCUCCUGAGGAGGCAUUCAAAGGGCCCGCUGCGAUGAACCAAAGUGCUGUAUGCAACAUCUCCUCUGUGGCUGCCUGACACAAGGCUGCUUUGCAAAGGUGAUCUUUCCCAGGUUAGGUAGCCUGACAUAUGUAAAAGAUUGGUGUCCAAUAGCACAUUGAUUACAAGUAAUUAUUUUAUUCAUCCCUUUUUAUCAUGUUGAGGCUCUACACCAAGACCUCAUAGCCUUUGCCAUCAUGGACUAAGUGAAGGUAUCCCACAAAACUCUUGACAGAUAAAGAAAACCCAACUGAGAUUGAAAAAUCUCCACCUAGUUGCCUCCAUAAUCUGUAAUAUUUUGCACCAGUGCCAACAUCUACGGCAGAUCCCUCCAUAGUUUAGAUUAAAUCUACUGUUUAAGAGUAAGUGGCUGUGUCUGCUCUCACUUUUGAUCUUUAAACCUUGAGUGACAAAGGAGAACAAAAGGACGCUAUCCUGCCUGUGGCCAGUAGAGGUCGCUGAAAUGCUUUCACCUCCACCCCAUUUGGAUCUUGCAGCUGCACCAAAGAUCAAGAGCAUUUCAGAGCUCACUUUGAGAUACUUUGAUGAUCAAAAAUAAUACCCAAAAGUACAAAAGUCAAAUAACAUUUUAAAAAAAAGCAUCCGUCUUUUUUUUAAAGGAAACCAAAAUGUCUGACAAGGGAUUUUUACAGUUUUGACCGAUCCCACAUUUGUUGGGAUCCGGUGAUGGAAAUUAAAUUUCUGAUGGAGCAGGUUUGCAUGCAACACAAAGGAAUACCACUACAGAGAACCAAAUGUGAGCACAGAAAGACUGAGAAAGGGUUUGGUAAUAGGUGAACAGAAAAUAAGUGUAUCAUAUCAAAUAAAAAAGUAUCUUUUGGAAUUUGAA